GUAAGACUAACAUGGCAAUCAGUGUCAGUGGUUAGUAGCUUUGGUUUGAAAUGAUUGACCACACCUCCACUAUACAACUCAACAGCGGGACUCAGAUGCCCCUGUUGGGUUUGGGCACGUUCCGUUUACAAGGAGCUGAGGACACAUACCGGAAUGUGGAUGCCGCAUUAACAGCAGGCUACCGAGCCUUUGACACAGCAGCAGUCUACCGCAAUGAGAUGGACAUUGGUCAAGCCCUUCAUACCUUGCUGCCAAAGCAUGGACUUUCCAGGGCUGAUGUGUUUAUAACCUCUAAACUAAGUCCCAAGGACCAGGGCUCUAAAGCCAGGGAUGCCUGUUUAAAGAGCCUGCAACAGCUGGGCAUGGAUUAUAUUGACUUGUAUCUUAUCCACUGGCCUGGCACACAAGGAUUUGAUGUAAGUGAUAAGCGAAACCCUGCCAGUCGUGCUCAAAGCUGGACAACCUUGGAGGAUUUUUACGCACAAGGCAAAUUCAGAGCCAUUGGGGUUUCAAACUACACUGUGAAGCAUAUGCAGGAGCUUCUGAAAAGCUGCAGAGUGGUUCCAGCAGUUCUGCAAGUGGAGUUUCACCCCCGGUUGGCUCAGAGAGGGCUAAGGGCAUUGUGUGAAGAGAACGGAGUGUGUUUUCAAGCAUACUCCUCCCUGGGGACCGGCGUCCUCCUGUCUGAUCCAGUAGUUCAGGAGGUUGCUGAAAGGUGUGGAAGGACUCCAGCUCAAGUGCUUCUAAGAUGGGCUGUGCAGCAAAAUGUGCCCGUGUUACCAAAAACAUGCCAGCCUGACCGAGUGCACAAUAACAUGCAACUGUUUGACUUUGAGCUCAGUGAAAACGACAUGGUGAAGCUUUCCGCUAUGGACUGUGAGGAGAAAUUUUGCUGGAAUCCCUCAUCGGUGGUCUAACAAUAUUUAGAUUAAAGAAUAAAUAUGAUCAUCUUUUGUAUUUGUAUUAAUAUUGCAUGUUUUUGAACACAUGCAGGUCAACCAACCACAUUUAAGUGUAAUGUCAGGAAAGGGAAAAUUGCAUUUUUCUUAGCAGUUCUCAGUGUUUGAUGCUAUAGAAUGCUGAUGGUGGCUGAUGUUGCUGUCGGGGGCAUUUAUUUAUGUACAUAAAUUGCAAUAAUCAAAGAUGAUUUAACUGAUAAUUUACAUUUGCAGCAUUUUUUAGAUGAUUUUAUCCAAAGUGAAUACAGUUUGGGCAAUUAAGGGUUAAGGGUUUCACUGCGGGACCAAGCAGGGGCAACUUAGCAGUGAUGGGGUUUGAACUAGCAUCCUUCUAAUUACUAGUCCAGUUCCUUAACUGCUGAGCUACCACUGCUCCAGUCCCCACUGAUCAGUCUCAGAAAAAAUACAUGCACAAACACACACAUAGUUGUGGGGUCUGGAAAAGAACAGACUUUGUUUAACGGUUCAAAUAGACAUAGCUUAUUUAUUAACACAAUUGGGAGUGUCAUUUGUUAGUAAACAAGGUUGUCCAUGCCAAACUGUGCAUGCUUAAAUACUGUCUAUACAAUGUAAAAAUGUUAAACAUUCAGAUUUGUAUGUACACUAGGCCUUGUACAGAAGUGUAAACACAAGAAUAAAUAAAAGCUG